GCAUGUUUGACAUAAUUGCCCUGUUAUCACAUGAGUCAUUAACGUUGUUCUCAAUCUCUUCGGGUGGAGCUUGAGUGGGAGUGUUGCCAGGAACCAGUGACAGCGCACACGCGACACCGGCUCCCCUGCAUGGAUUGGUGGCAUGCGAUUCAACUACUCGAAUGCCUUGAACCGUCUGUUUAGCUUUGACCAAAUGUUUAUAUUCACUUUGCAGUACGUGUGACUUGCUAGUGCGGAACUUUUCAGCCGUGUCGGUAUUUACUUAUUUUCAAGCAGGGAUCAUCCAACCAAACUGUGAGCGUUCACUGAGUGAUCAUGCACCUGCGAAAGAUGGUCCGAGACAUGGUUCUUUAAGGUUUAAGAAGCUAAUAUCUUCCGUUACUGGACACUGGAGAGUUACAGACAGUUAUUUCUGGAGCUCUUCUGAUUUGACCUGGUGUUUUUUUUUAUGUAUCCCUUUUACUUUCUUAAACUAAGUAAAUUAACGCACGACGAGUCAUCUUCAAGGACGCAUCGAUUUGAAAGAUGAAUCUUGGAUUGUGGCUGUGUCUGUCGGUGGUGUUACACAACAUGGCCUAUGCGGAGUAUGAAGAUGGCGUGGUCGUGAAUGUUGGCAUGGAGGUCAAGCCACUCUUCAGCAGUCAUGAAACCACCCUUGCAACCUGUGUGGCUCGUGCUCUCGACCCCCCUGCUGAGGUAUCAUGGGAUGUACUCUCCCUCGGUGCCGUGGUAACAUCCGCCGAGGUCACAGCCAGCAUCAAUGAUGAUGGAACACGCACAGUGACCAGUCAUCUGAGGGGUGUGCCUGCCAAGGAACUGAACCAGAAGGAGGUGCGAUGUUUGGUCAGACACCCCGCGCUAAGACGAGAAAAAGUCUACAACUACGCCAUAGACAUUCACUAUCCUCCUCAGUCAGUGAAGAUCACAGUGAAGGAUGAUGGCUAUCAGUGCAGUGCAGACGCCAACCCCAAACCUGAUUAUACAUGGUCGAGAGAUGGCCAUCCCCUGCCCAGUGGGGUGAGAGCAGAAGGGAGCAGGCUGUACCUGAAGUUCACUCCUAAGCUGAACGGCCUGUACACCUGCGAGGCCGCAAACGCCCACGGCACUGCGGAAUGUCACAACACUCUGUAUGCAAUCACCGAGGACUCAGGGACACCCAUCUAUCUGACUCUGGCUCUUGGAGCUAUUAUCUUAUUCGUGCUCUGGAAUUUUAACGUUAAUUUUCUGUGAGUGUGCAGGAAGAAACAGUGCUCCUCACUCAUGAGUCAGCAGGCUAUGAUCUUAUUCAUGUUCUGGAAAUGUCAAGGUCACAGUCACAGUUAAGUUUUGUCCAGGAGCUGCUCCUGUAGAAGUCCCCAAACCUCUCAAUGCCGUUGGCCACCUAUCCCCACACUGGACCCAGGUCACCCUUGUUUUUUAACGUCCAUUUUCUGUGAGUGUGCAGGAAGAAACAGUGUUCCUCACUCAUGAGUCAGCAGGCCGCUAGUCUUCUCCUCAGAUGAGCCGCUCCCAAACCACACAGAUGAAAAUCAGCAGCAGAUGUGACAAACAUCCUGUGAUUGUACUACGUCCAGUGGAAAUAAUGGAUGUGUCUCCAAAUUGUUACACAGAGUGUCUGAACUCCACGAGAAGCAGGAAAGACUGUUUGUUCCGGACUUGUUUGUGUGUAUGUUUCUUCCUUUAACCAUCCUUACUGAUCUCAAGUCUCACUCCCCCUUUCAAUCUCCAAGGAGGGGCAUCCUGGUGUUUCUCUCUGUACAUGGGGCAGUGAGUGAGGUAUAAAUCCGUAUGACUCAGACUGGCAGUCACUCUCCCUUGCAACACCGAGUAUGUGCGUGACCCCAAGGAUAACAUGAGGGUUAAUAACUAAUCUAAUGAUGGGAUGUAAUUGGACAUACAGUAGGGCCUAAUCACUGGACCUUGAACGGUGCCAGGUUUUUUUAUUGGCCUUUUUUGGAUUAUGUGAAAUUGUUCAAAAUAAUGCAAAACAAAUGCUAAACAAAGUAAAUUGAUUUAGUAUUGCCCGUUGGGUGACUUGAGUUGAGGAAUAUGCAGCCCAGAGCCAUAGAAAGAGAGUUGCGACACUCUUUGAUGUUGCCGCCAUGAUCAAAAGUUCCAAAAAAACCUGUGCUGAAUGGCUGAAUCGCAGGAGGGUGGGAUGUACUUCCGAUGCUGGAAGGUGUAAUCAAUUAACUCAUUGACUACUGACCAAGAGAUUGGCUGUAAACAGUUCCAAAAGCCCCAUAACGAGGAAAUAGCCUGGAAAAAGCGCUGCCAUUUUUUCCAAUGGAGGUCUAUGGGAGUGUCGCCACUCUGUUUUAUCUACCGCUCUGAUGCAACCUAUUGUGAUUCCUGACUGACAAAAAAAGGCUCACAGGCUCAGGGUGUCAUACAGGCUAGGACCGCCCCUGUUCUUCUAAGCAUUUCCCUUUUCUUACCUCAACACUCCAUGGAGCUACCGUGAUGUCCUUGACUCUUCAUACUGUUACCAAGACACACUUUUUGUGUUUUUACACACACACGAAUACACACACACACACACACACACACACACACACAUACACAUACACACACACUCUCACUCUCACUCUCACUCUCACUCUCACUCUCACUCUCACUCUCACUCUCACUCUCACUCUCACUCUCACUCUCACUCUCUCUCGCUCUCGCUCGCUCUCUCGUUUAUUAAGAAUAAUAAGUCAUUCCAACAUGUUUUUUUGGCUGAACAGGAUAUGAGAGUAUAUUGUCCCUUUCUCUGGGUGGGAAGCUAAAGACAUUGACAAUAGCUACGUUUACAUGCAACCAUCGGAAUGACCAAUCGGAUCGGUCAAUCGGAUCGGUGGAAGUUUACAUGGCAAGGAGUAUUUUGGAAGCGCGCGUUUACAUGUCAGCUUUACGCACAUAUAGCCUGCUUGCAGUUUUGCUCCCCGAGAGGGACGUGAGAGCUUAUAGCCUAUGACGUUUGAGGCGUGAGAUAUUCCCUACUUCCAAUCCUCUGCCUCUGCUUUCUUCUGUUCAAAAGCAACAUCAUAGGCCUAGAGUUUCGUUUCUUUUCCUUAUAAUUAGAAUGACUAAAACGACGAAAAUAUAAAUUGCGUCCUAACACACUCACUGGCCGAUUUCACACUGCACAGCAAGUCGGUCAGCAAAUGCUAACUUCAUGCACGGUCAUACAGAAGUAUUCCAAAGCCAAAAAUAUAGCUGAUUAUCGUGUAAUCUGACGGGGUUGCAAACCACCAAAACGUCGGACUGUUCGCUAGUUGUUUUGCACCUCAGAUGUUUAACAAGUCCCGGCAACACAAAUUCAAACUUGUACGGAAAUGCAUUCAAUCAGGUCCUUGCCGUCUACCUAGCUUCCACACUGUUCUUUCAGACAUCGCAAAAUAUCUGUCUCCACUGUAGUCUCCGAAACAUAGCCUACCUGUUAAUAUUUGGCUUUCAGAAAACGAGACUUCAUCACUGCAUUUCAGUCGUUGCUUUUACCAAAGCCAGUUAGCCAAAGCCUACGCAACUGCCUGCAGCCUAGUAGGGUAGGCUAGGCCUACUUCCUAAACUUCAAAGAUGCUGUCAGAUUUUGUGGUUGUUUUGAAAGUGUCACGAAACUAAUAGCCUAUUCUUCCGAUGCCAUGUUAUCCGUCACUGUUCAACCCAUAGACCUAAAAGAAACAUAUGGUUCAGCCUCACGCCCAGUGCUUAUGUUUACACCUAACCAAAGAUCUUUCAUUACUAGCUUUAACGCUCUCUGCCUACACCGUGGUGGCUUUUUUGAUAAGAGAAAUAUUGCGCCUCCUUUUCUGAACAUGCGCAGAAGGGAAGAGUAGCAGGGAACGAUCCGAUCCAGUGUAUACAUGACAACUAUUUUACUACCGGACGGGUCCGUUCCACCUCUUUCAAUCCGAUCCAAAUUUCAAUCCGAUCGGCGAUUUUCAUUCCGAUUGUCUUGUUUACAUGAAGGAAUUUCAUUCCGAUUGGGCCUGAAUCGGAUUAGAAAGGGUGCAUGUAAACGUAGCUAUUGAUCACAAUGUUGGCAGAAACACAGAAUCAACACACUAGCCACGUUUACAUGGACCGUUUUUUGUCAUUCCGAUUAAACUAUUCCGAUUGAACAUUUUUGCGCCGUCUGUUUACAUGGGCUACAUUCUAUUCCGAUCAGACGUCUGUAAGCGCUUUAGAAUCUUUGAUCGGAAUAGCCGUUGUUUGCUACUUUUCAUUGGGAAGAUAUUACGGUCAAUCCGAUUGACCGUAUACAUGAGUGUUCAUUCGGAAUAGGAAUGGACUACACCACCUCUUCUAUUCCGAUCACAAUUCUGAUCGGAUCAGGAUUUUCAUUCCGAUUGAGGUGUUUAUAUGACAAUUUUUAUUCCGAUUGAGCUGUUUCUUCCGUUUCUAAUCGGAAUAGAAGUGUCCAUGUAAACGGGGCUACUGACUCAGAUGACCGUGCUGGAAGAAAAUAGCAAACUCUUGUCAGGCCAGGUACAUUUGAACCUUAAAAACUUUAAAUGCAGUCAAUGUUUGAUAGAUAAAAAUGUGUGUUUUAGACUUGUCAACCCUAGAGGUGCAUUUUGUUUUGUAGCAGCAGCUAAGUCAGAUAUUACAGUAUUAAUAAUGAGAACAGUAGCUGCAAUCAAGGUGUGCCUGCCUCACCAUCUGAGUCAUGCCUUCAUGACCUUUGGGUCUUCUGUAGAAAGGCAGAGACAAAAAAACGUUUUUUUUUUCAUGUUUCGACAUUUUUCAUGUUUCACUUCAUGUUUCACUUCAUGUUUCACUUCCUCUUAGUGGGCAGUUGACAUGUUCAGUGUCACGUCUACAACACAUAUGUAACCGGGUGGUCAGGGCAAACGCCCAACACCCCAUGUCUGUAGCCUGACUACGCCACCCUGGGGCCUAGCGCUUCAGGGAAUCUUUAGGAGAUUGAGACUUUUCUUGAGACAGCGCUGCACAGGUUCUAUAAAGCAUAAGGAGACAUGAAUUCCGUGAAUAAAGGAUUUAUUAAACACAAAAGACAGACAUUCUAACAAAGGGGGAGGAGGGCAAAUAGCUGAGGCAGGCAGAGCUUUCCUGAGGGGGCAGGCUAAUAUCAAGGGUGACUAUUUCCCACCAAUGAAGUCACGGCAAGCAUAUGAAAGUGUUUCAGACUGUCGUGGAGCUAUCCACAGCAAGCAACUCUCAGUCACACGUGCAAUUACACUAGUUAGCAAGGAAUUUCAGUGCAAUUAUGUAUCACUGAUAAAGCUUCUACUUGGAUCAGAGGCUGGGCUCUGCAUUUCCUGCCCGCCUGCACCUGAUGCCUACUGAUGCCACCUUCGAGCCCUCGGAGUCCUAAUGGAGUAUAGCUAAUGUCAGGGGUGGAAAAAAUCCAGUUUCAGAAAGUAAAAGUCCUACUACAUACUGCAUUUAAUGCAGCUGAUUCUAAUUAGCACAGCUCUUCAGCUAGGUCGAGCAGCUAAUUUAUGAGAUCACCCAUGCUAAGUGCACAGGUAGAACCAAUACAUGAUCAGACUUUUACUCUCUGAAGCUGGAGUUUUCCACCUCUGGCUAAUGCCCCUCAGAGUUCCGAUUAGCCCGUUUCACGAGAUGUCAGACGCCAAAUACUACAGAAGAAGAAGAAGUAUU